UGUGAGUCGAGUGAGAGAUUGUUCCAUGAUUUCAACAUGUGUUCUAAAGGCCUUGAGGCCUGAUCGGCACCGCUACCAGGCGGAUAGCGCUGCCUCGCCUCUCUGUUCUUGUUCCUCAAACGGAUAUCUCUCUGUUUAUCCUCGACAUCCUGCAAGGACGCUCUGAGCAGCAGGCCGAUCGUCUACAUGAGAUAUGUUGUUCUCCGACCAUGACUCUCUGCUCCUUGUGUUUCUUCUCGGAAUUGAAUAUUUUGCCAAGAAAUAACUUGGUCGCUCAAAAGGAUCGUUGGCCACAACACCGCCGCCUCCGCCUCUUGCCCGCCUUUUGCUACCAUCCGGUCUUGCACCCCUUGGAAAUUUUCUUUGAUCACCAGCCACUCCGGUGCCAGCUGCGAACCGACUCAGACAGACAAUCAGCUUGGACAGCGUACUUACCGUCACCAAGGCCGCAUUAGGCGCACUAUAGAAAAAGCCUAUCGCGAAUUGAAAUAUCAACACCUCCAACUGACACCCGACACCCACAGGCGCGCCUAUAUAAGGACUUGCACUGUUCCGCUCUUGUGCUCUUCAUCCAGCCAAGUGCUCUCUGUUGAACCCUCAUAGGCUUCAUUUAUUUCUGCCCUGCCCCUCUUCGUUCAUUUAGUUGAUUUAUACAACCCACGCGCACGACUCCACUCACUGCCCCUGUUACUCGUACCGCGACGCUGUGCAACACAAUCCACCGACCUUCUCUCGACGACACUC